GUUGUAUAGCCAUUUCAAUGCUUUUCGUGCGAAAAGAUCACUGCCACAAGAUUGAGUUUACGCUGCACAAUGAAUUUUGACCAAUGAUAAGCAGUUACAGGCUUAAGCCCUGAACUUUAAUGGCGUCCUCCACGACUCGAAAGCAAGUGGCUUGACAAGACGUCCCCGUCCUUUGAAAACAUGUCUGAGGGUGGAGAACAACCAGAAAAAAGAGAACGACCAAUGUACAGCUGGGUUGAUGUUACUGCAGAGUUUAAAAAUGCUGCAUCUCAGCUUUCCCUUGGGGAACUUCUCCAUGACUCAUCAUUUGGGCUGUUUGAAGCAAUGUCAGCAAUUGAAAUGAUGGAUCCCAAGAUGGAUGCAGGAAUGCUGUGUAACCAGAUCAGCCGCAAAGUAUAUAACUUAGAGCAAGCGGUGGAGGAAGGUUUAGUAAAGAUUGACAACUUAACACCACAGGAGCUCAUAGGUACCAUGGAUGCUUCUCUGGCUACAUUGGUGACUUGGCUAGAGGGACACUCUCUUGCACAGACUGUCUUCACAAACCUGUAUCUUCACAAUCCUUAUAUCAUUGAAGACCGUUGUUUGAAAGCCUUCUCCAUUGUCAUCCUAAAGACAGUGGACAUCAUUCGAGAGCGAAUUAAUCGUGCUGGCUGCUUUGAAGAGGAGGAUUUUCAGCCCAUGUCCUAUGGUUUUAAAAUGGCAGGAGAUGUAACAGAGGUUAGAGCAGCUGGGAUGUUGAAAGAAAUUGAAGAUGAGCUUGGCAGGACAAUCAGAACAACACGUCAGAAAGCCAAAGGAUCUGAGACCUCUGGUGAUGAAUCAGAAACUACGCAUGUCUUGGCUCAGGCAGUUCAUAGCCGUGUUCGCUUCUAUCGACAUUUUUACGCGCUUCUUCUUCUCUUUAGUAAAGAUAAGACUGAAGGACUUCCACAAGCUCAGAAAUUGAUUAUACAACUCCAAGAGUUGGUUCCCUUAAUGCAUUCUUCAUUACAUCUAGGCAUUCAAGCUCCCAACAGGGAGGCCUCAAAAAAUGAUUACCCAACCAUCAUGGGGUUUGAACCCCUCAUCAAUCAGCGCUUACUCCCACCCACAUUUCCAAGAUAUACUGUAAUCCGUUCUCGUGCUGAGUCUCUUGAUUACAUCACCAGUUUGCUUCAGCGAUUGCAUACUGUCACCAUGGUAACCGAGCUGACAUCCUUACAUGCAGCCCUGGAAAUGUUUAUGGAGUUUAGUAAGUCUCUUCCUUGUGUGUUAGCGCGGUCUAUUUUACAGCUAACUCUGCUUCCACCCAACCGGCGCAUUUUUGGCAUGAAUCCAGUUGUGGACUCCUUGAAAGAGACCAUUCGCAGCUUCAUCGCCCCUCCUGUCCUGUCUCCCAAAUGCUCCCUGUACAACAAUUCACAGGCUAAAGACUAUGUAGAUGCACUGCUUACUCGAGCUGCACGACCUAUGUGCACUCUUUUUCAAAUCACUGGUCAUAACCGAGCACGCCAACGGGACAAGUGGGCCCAUGUACUUGAAGAUCUUUCAAAUCUUCAAGAGGAGGCUGACAAGGUGGAUGCUUACCUACACAGCCUGUUGAUAAAGACAGAACCCAACCGAAGCCACUUAGCAUGCCUUGGUACCUGGGUGCUGUACCACACGCUACAGACAAUGAUCAACUACACUCUGGCAGGCUUUGAGCUGGAGUUGUAUGCACCGUAUGAGUAUCACUAUGUGUACUGGUAUCUCUCGGAGCUUCUCUUUGCCUGGCUUGUCUCCACUCUCCAUAGAGCUGACAACUUCUUGCUUGAACAUGAGACUCUGUCUGACCAACAGAAGGGCCGCAGCAACAAAAAGAAUAAGAAGAAAAAGCGUCCACGAAGCCUUAGCCGUGAAAUAACAGUGGCACAGGCACAGCAACAAAUGUUUGGUGCUUACUUUAAAGCUGUGAUGGGGCUGCAGCUUGACGGCAAGAUGAAGCACCGUCAGUUUGAGUUUGACAGCGAGGAAGUACGGUACAGUCAUCGCUUUGCACCCUUUGUCAGUGUUGUCACACCAUCCAUGAUACAUUAUUCUCAGUACAAGGAUAUGUCAGACCUUUCGCACAAUGGCAUUGAGCCUGCUCCAGAAGAUCUUUAUGGUGCAUCUUGCAAAGGUUUCCAUCAAGCGAAAUGUCUGCUGGAGUCCCUGCAAAUGCAAACAGAGGAGGUCCAGUCUCUCCUGCGGGUUGCCAAGACAAACUUUGUGGUCAUGAAGCUGCUGGUCAGUGGACACAAGAAAGAGUCAGUGGAUCCACCAGAAUUUGAUUUUGGACAACACAAAGUGUACCCAGUUAUCAAAGUGGUGUGAACACUUGCAUAGCAUGGGAUAAAAAACUUUUCUCUGGAGUAGACUACUUGGUGCAGUUUUAGAACAGUGGUGUUACUGAGGUCUGUUGUCUGCUGUGAUCACAAUCUUUGGCUCAUCUGUCAAAAGUGGGAGUCACUGUGAUAGACAUUUUGACUUUCUUUACCCUACUCCAUCCACCAAAUGUUCCACUCAGUUCAUUGAGAAUAAUGAACAAGGCUUUUUGUAAAAGAUGAUUCAGCUUGGAAUUGUUUGCUUUUGUCAUUUUUCAUUUAAUUUUAUUAAAAUGGUUUAUAACACA